AGUCUGAGUCUGUCUCAGUGGGGCUCGCUGGCUGACCCGCCUUGUCUGGCCUGGACUCCUAGGAGGGGGAUGUGGGUCCAGGGCUCUGGUCUGGCUGGGGCUGGGCUGGAGCUCAGGAGGACCAUGGUGAUGUUGCAGCCGUUUAGUUCCGGUCUGUUCUCUCCUGGGCCUCUGUUCUCAUCUGCGGCUAUUUCCUGCCAAGGACUGGGGAGGUGGGCUCAAGCAGAGAGAACAGGAUGGGGCAGGGAGGAGGGGUUUGUAGCCUUCCCCUGCCCUGUCCAUCCUUGCCCAGUGGUGCCAGGAGUGUGCUUCCUCCUUCAGACUUCUGUACUGGGGCUGAGCCGAGGGCUGGAUCUGCGUUGCCAGGAAUCCACCGACCUCCACGCAGGGCUGAGAGAGGGAGGGCUCUGCAGGGAGUUAGGGUGUGGCCCGGGUGCUUCCAGGCUCCUAGCUCAGCGCUGGGAGCUGACCCUGCUCCCCUUCCAGACUGAGGGGCCGGACCUGGGCCGUCUCUGCCUCCCUCCAGCCCUGCCUGGACAUCUUCCCUCUAUGGAGGAGAGACAGCCUGGCAGCCAGAGGCAGGAACAGAGGCCUGAGAUGGAGCAAUAGAGCGGUCGAGGCCGAUGGAGAGAGACAGACAAGGGCGGGGGCGCAGAGGAGGGAGGAGGGCUGGGAAGGAGGCCACCAGUGCUAAUAUAAACCAGUUAGAAAAACAGGAGGAUAGGCCAGGCCUCAAGGCCAGCCAGGCAGGGCUUGUUUAUCCAGAAUGAAAGGCCCUUGAGGAGCUGGGGGUGGGGUGCGGAGACAAGUCCUGAUUCCAGUUUGGAAAGGGGGCUCCGCCUCCCAGGGUCUGGAUCCUGCUGAGGAAAUGGGUCCGUUAGGUUGGGGGUGGGGCGUCCUCACAGCCCUGUGUCCUCCCAGUGGGUCCUACCUGUUGUCAGCCCUCAUUCCCUCUUGCUGCAGUAGCAGCAGCCUCCUCCCCUUGCCCGGAGCCCAAGAGUCUGGCUGGGCUGGGCUCCUUGCUUGUCUGAGGACUUGGGGACCAGGGCAGCGUUCAAGAGAGACUCCAGCCCACCAGGGCCUGGGCCUGUGACCAUAAUUCAGUCCAAAUGGGCAGUCCAAAAAUGCACCGUGGGUUUUUGUGGUAGUUUGGUGGAUUUUUUUUCUUUUCUUUUUUUUUGAGGUUUGCUUAACUAGAAAGAGUGGGUUUGAUACACAGUGCAUGCUCUGUUAUUUCACAUUUGUUUACGUGACUUUGUAAGUUUUCCCAGAGCUUCAAAUUUGUGCCUUCUGUUGGGAAGGCUCCCAUACCCCACUUCAUUUCCUCCCCUCUGGGAGGGGUGGGGGGUGAUCCUGGGAGCACCGUACCUGGGUCUGGGUGGUGUUUCUGCUCUUGAUGGUGGGCAGAUGGGGUGGGGGCACCAGGACAGGGGGUCACCCGGCUCCCCGCUCAGCUCUCAGGGGCCUCACCCCUCAUCCCCCUGGCUGGCUGAAGAUGACUGAUGAACAGCAGUGCCCAUCAUGCUCUCCGGAAGGGGCCCCCCUACCUCCCUAGGGCCCGUGCGACUCUUAUCCCCACCUCACAGUUGAGGAAACGCAGCCCCCAGAGGCGAAGGGUCACCACAGGGCCAACGGGAAGACCUGGUGGUCUGGCAGCCUGGGGUCCUUGGGGUCAGACCCAGGAUGCCUUUCUGCUCUCCUGCAGUGGGGGGAUGCCUUGGCCAGUGUUCACUUACAGAGAUGCUGGUGAGGAGAUACUCCCCCCAGAACCCCAGACCUGCAGUGGCCCCAGAAGGGCUCUGUAUGUAUGUCACAGACACCCACAAGGCAUCUGGGGCCAUACCCUCAGGCCCCCCUGCCCCUUCUGGGCUGGGCUACUGCCACCUUCUCCAGGACCCAAGCCAGAGUGACUCCCCUCACCCUUGGGAACACAGUGGCCAAGGCCUGACACCUCCCACCAGGCCCGCCAAGGACCAAGGACCGGGGGAAGGCGGGGAGGCCAAGGGGCCGGGCAGGAGCGGAGGGGGCGGUCUGCUCUGAUGUCACAGCGGGUGCUGGGGAGGGGAGGGGGAGGGGGAGGGGGCCGGGCUGUUUUUCUGGAGAGUUAGAGCCUGAGUGAGACAAAGCGCCGGCGGGCCAGGCGGGCCAGGCAGGCGCCAUGGAGCUGCGGGCCCGGGUCCUGCUCUGGAAACUUGUGCUUCUGCAGAGCUCUUCUGUCCUUCUGUCCUCAGGGCCAGCCGGGCCCGCGACCCCCGGCAGCUCCGUGGUGUCCGAGUCUGCAGUGAGCUGGGCAGCCGGCGCCCGGGCGGUGCUGCGCUGUCAGAGCCCGCGCAUGGUGUGGACGCAAGACCGGCUGCACGACCGCCAGCGCGUGGUCCACUGGGACCUCAGCGGCGGCCCGGCCGGCGGCUCCGCGCGCCGACUCGUGGACAUGUACUCGGCGGGCGAGCAGCGCGUGUACGAGCCGCGCGACAGCGGCCGCCUGCUGCUGACCCCCACCGCCUUCCAGGACGGCAACUUCUCGCUGCUCAUCCGCGCGGUGGAGGACACAGACGAGGGGCUGUACACCUGUAACCUGCACCACCAUUACUGCCACCUCUACGAGAGCCUGGCCGUGCGCCUCGAGGUCACCGACGACCCCCGGGCCGCCGGCGCGCACUGGGACGGCGAGAAGGAGGUGCUGGCGGUGGAGCGCGGCGCGCCCGCGUUGCUGACGUGCGUGAACCGCGCGCACGUGUGGACCGACCGGCACCUGGAGGAGGCGCAGCAGGUGGUGCACUGGGACCGGCAGCCGCCCGGGGUGCCGCACGACCGCGCGGACCGCCUGCUCGACCUGUACGCGUCGGGCGAGCGCCGCGCCUACGGGCCGCCCUUCCUGCGGGAGCGCGUGGCGGUGGGGGCGGACGCCUUUGCGCGCGGUGACUUCUCGCUGCGCAUUGACCCGCUGGAGCCGGCAGACGAGGGCACCUACUCCUGCCACCUGCACCACCACUACUGCGGCCUGCACGAGCGCCGCGUCUUCCACCUGAAGGUCACCGAGCCCGCCGCCCGGCCGCCCCCGCGGGACUCGCCGGGCAACGGUUCCAGCCACAGCGGCGCGCCCGGCCCAGGUGCAGGAGACCCCACGCUGACGCGCGGCCGCAGCGUCAUCAACGUCAUCGUCCCCGAGGGCCGGGCCCACUUCUUCCAGCAGCUGGGCUACGUGCUGGCCACGCUGCUGCUCUUCAUUCUGCUGCUCAUCACGGUCAUCCUGGCCACCCGACAGCGCCGCCGCGGAGGCUACGAAUACUCCGACAAGAAGUCCAAGUCCAAGGGGAAGGACGUGAACAUGGUGGAGUUUGCUGUGGCUGCCGGCGACCAGCCUCUUUACAGGAGGGAGGACAUCCGACUAGGUUACAAAAACAACCUCCUGAAGGAGAGGGUUGAGCUGUCCCACAGCCCCCUGCCCGCCAAGAGCAUCGACUUGGACAAAGCAGAGGGGCGGAGGGCAGACACCCGCCUGUCCCCUUGGCUUCCAGAGUUCAGGAAGGAGUACUGCAAAUAAGGCGACCCCGGGCUCCUGGCUGGGCCAGCAGCUCUGCCAGCUCUUGUCUGUCCACCUCGGAAGACUCUUCCUGACCCCCAUGCAGCUCGCCUGGCCCCCCUUCCAGCGGCUGGUCCCGCUGUCCUGGAACUUGGCCUGGACUGGUGCAGGGUGAGGCUGCCUCCAGACCCCUCUUGGGGGCCACCUGAUCCUCAUUUGCGAUCGUGGGCUCCUUAGGACUCUGCCGGCACUGCAGCCGGGCCCCUUCUGCAGCCCUCGGCCGGUGCUCUUCCCUCCUCGCAUGGCCACGACCCCGCUGAUGUUCACCAGUCUCUCAGGCUCUCCUGGCCUCUGCCCACUGGGGGCUGGGAGCCCCACCUCUGCAGGGAGAGGGCCGUGAGGGGGCUCAGUGGGGAUCCUUGGAGCUGGGGUUCAGCCUCAGGCCUGGCACUCCCACCCCUUCCUUGCCCUGUCCUUAGGGGAGCUGCCUGCCAGCUCCCCUCGACGGCACCCCGAGUUUCGCUGCCAGGCUGUCUUGGGCUCUUCAUGGUAACCCGAGGACCGCGCACUGCAGGCCCGGGGCUAGUGUCCCUCUGCGCUGCCUCCGGCCUCCUGGGGCCCCCUCUCUGCUUCCCACCCUGCUUCGGCCCUGUUUCCAGCAAGCUGCCUUGACAGUCACUAGGCUCCAUGUGACUUCCGAGCCUGACUCCCUUCCCUCGGCCCCUCCUUGGGCUGGAGUCCAGGCUGAGGCCUCAUUGGACUGCGUUUUGGCUGAGGAUGGGGGGCGGGGGGGGGCGGUGAGGAUGGUCUUAGAGUGGCUGGUGCUGCCACUCCUGACACCCCACAUUUGCUCAUCCUGGGGAAUCGCUAUCAUCUCAAUAAAGACCACAUCUGAUUUUA